CUCCAGCUGUGGGCGAUGAGAUGCCAUGGAGCAGUAAAGUGAUUGGGGUGUUUAUGAAAAUCAGACAGAGACAGUAGAGUAGAUUGGAGAUGGGGAAACUGAAGACGAUGGACAAAUUGAGGUAUUAGAAGAUGGUGGAAAUUUAAAUGAUAAGGAAGAGGGGGAAAUCAUGAGAUAACUUUGAAAUUCAUGAAACUUAUGAAAACUUUGGAAAUUGGACGAGGGCAGUCAAUGGUGACUCUGUAAGCGAGAGGGAGACCGACAGCCCUGACAGCAUUUAUCAGGAAGGUGGUGGUGGCCUUACUUAGACAUGGUGUAUACUUAAGCUCCUUCAGAAGAACCAAAUAGAAAUUUCUGUAGGCAGUCGGAGCCAGAGGCUGGAGCUCAAAGAAGCACUGCUGUGGAUUUUGUUCUUAUCAGCCUGAAGGUGAAAGCUGAAGGGUGAAAGUGGCUGAGACUCUGAAAGAGAGCAGAGCGGGGAAGUGGGAGCUGAAGACUGAACUCUGCCAUUCCGGGUUACAAGGAUGGGAAUGUUCACAGAACCAGAAUUCUAGAACCAUACAGGACUCCUCACAGAUGGAGAAACUGAGGCCCAGAGAGCACUUAAGCCCAGCCUCAAGAAACUGAAAAUCCACAUCUCACUUGCAGAGAAGAAAAAGUUUUAAAGAAAUAGGGGCAGUGCAUGUGAUUUUACCGAAGAAGCCCGCCAAGGAACGAAAGCGACCUUGGAAACUUCGAGGACUGGCAGACAGGAACUAAAGACCUCCCUAGACUCUCGGAACAAAGCACAGGCUUCACACAACGCCGCACCGCUUUGCUCAAAGCGGGAGAGGUGAGGAAAUGGAAAUAACGGACAAGAAUAACGGAGCUAGAAGCCCACAGGACGCAAGCUUCCGGCCCACCACUGCGGCUGCGCGCGCGCCGUUCCGGAAGCGGAAGUGCACAAGAGGUCAGCGUUGGUUUUCAAGAUGGUGGCUCUCAAUGUGCUGGUGUCCGGCUGCGGACGGCUGCUCAGAGGGCUCCUGGCAGGCCAGGCCGCGACCAGCCGGGCCCGGCCUCCAGCUCGCGGGUUCAGGGAAGUGGUGGAGAUCCAAGGAGGGAAGACAACUAUAAUUGAAGGCCGAAUCACAGGGACUCCCAAGGAAAGUCCAAAUCCCCCCAACCCCUCCGGCCAGUGCCCCAUCUGCCGCUGGAACCUGAAACACAAGUAUAACUACGAGGAUGUUCUGCUGCUCAGUCAGUUCAUCCGGCCACACGGGGGCAUGCUGCCCCGAAGGGUCACAGGCCUGUGCCAGGAAGAGCACCGCAAGAUUGAGGAGUGUGUGAAGAUGGCCCACCGAGCAGGUCUGCUCCCAAAUCACAGGCCUAAGCUUCCCGAAGGAUUUGUUCCAAAGAGCAAACCCCGACUCAACAGGUACCUGACCCGCUGGUCUCCCCGCUCCGUCAAGCCCAUCUACAACAAAGGCCACCGCUGGAACAAGGUGCGCAUGGCCGUGGGGUCCCCCCUCCUGAAGGACAACGUCUCCUACGCGGGCAGGCCUCUGGUGCUGUAUCACUGACUGAGAGCAGGGCCUCCCCAGAGCCGGCCUUGAGCUCAUCCUGCACUCCCGCCCCAUCCCACCAGGGUGGCCCGGCUCCUCCAACGUGGAUGGCACGAGGGCUAGCAGGUCCAACACCAGUGCCCUGGGCCUGCCCCGCCACAGAGCUGGGCUCUGGGUGCAGGUGGGGCAGUCGAGUCCCCAGGCAGCUGCUGUGGUCUCGUGACUGGCCUGGGCUCAUUGCUGGUGGACAGGAGCUUUGCCCACAGGAAUGUUAUAAACUAGGCUUGUACUCAC